AUGGCCUCUGAAAACAAGGUAGUGGCUGCCCUUGGCCGACCUUUCACCUUGGGGAUGGUAUAUGAUGCCCGUAAAGAUGAACUGAUCCCAGGUUUCACACUGUGGGAUGAACAAACUCUUAAGGAGAACACUGUAGUGACCUCUCAGCACAUGAGCACAUUUGAAAUUACUGCAAGCGACUCCACAGAUGAAAAAUCUUUCUUGCUGGAUGUUGAAGCUUCUCUGAAGAUCAGUAUCUUGGGUGGCCUGAUUGAAGCCGGAGGAUCUGCCAAAUAUUUGAAUAAUCAGAAGAAAUUCCACAAUCAGAGCAGAGUGACCCUUCAGUACAAUGCAACCACCAAUUUCAAACAGCUGAGGACCAACCUGGGAACCAAGAAGAUGCAACCAACUGAGGCUCUUGAGAAAGGCUUGGCAACACACGUAGUCACAGGGAUCCUUUAUGGGGCCAAUGCUUUCUUUGUGUUUGAUAGUGAGAAGUUAGACGCUAGCAAAGUUCAGGACAUCCAAGGAAGAAUGGAAGCAGUGAUCAAGAAGAUUCCUUUCGUGGACAUUGAGGGGAGUGCCAGUCUCAAACUGACUGAUGAAGAGAAAAAACUCACUGAAAUGUUCUCUUGCAAAUUCUAUGGUGAUUUCAUUCUGGAAAAAAACCCUGCAUCAUUCACAGACGCAGUCAAGACCUAUGCAGAGCUCCCAAAGCUGCUGGGAGAAGAGGGCAAGGAUGCUGUUCCCAUGAAGGUUUGGCUGAUGCCACUGGAAAAUUUAGAUUUUAGUCCUGCUCAGAAGACAGAGUUUCUUUCAAAGAUUCCUCAGGUGCGUGGGAUUAGUAUUGGGUUAAUGAGAAAAGCUGACAAUGUUCUAGAUGACUUAAACCAGUUUGUGAUGAGAUGCAAUGAUGCCCUGCAGGAAGAUGUAGUGAAACACAUUCUUCAAAUGCAUGACAUGAUGAGCAGUUUCCAAAAGCUGGUCAAAUAUUACAUAUCUGCACUCAAGCAUAUGAUGGCAGAAAAACUUCCCCUUAUCAGAGAAGAAAAAGAAGAUGAAAGGUCUCUGAUAAAAGUCUUUGAAGACAGAGAGAGCUCACCAUUCAGUCAUGACAAACUAAGCAAGUGGAUGGAAAACAAAGAGAGAGAAAUAACUGUCAUGAGAUCCUGUGUAGAGAUGUUGGAGGGAGCAAAGAUUGUGCCAGAUCAGUCUGAGCUGGAUCGAGAGGUCCUCACUCCAGGUGUGGAUCAUGCUCUGUGCUUCAUUUUCACCUCAGUGGAAAGUGCUGAUCCCUACCUUCACCAGUUAGCAGAAUAUGUGGAUCAGUUUAAGUUGGAUCAAGGGCUGCACAUUAAAGAAGUCAGUGUCUCUAAACAGUGGUACUGGUCAGAUAAAGUGUUGACCGAAAUGAGAGAAAAGGCCAGAGAUUUCCAUGAUAUAGUCAAACCUUUGAAGAAGAGCAGCAGAGUCUGUUUCCUCGUGGCAGCCAUUGCUAAUGAGAAGUAUCAAGGAGCAACUAUCUACCACUACAAGAGGGGCCUUCUGCUCUCUGAGAACUUCUCAAAGCCUGACAUCACUGAUGUGGAGAACGUAACUGACAGAACAGAUUUCAUCUGGUACGCCUGUGAUCUCAGCUUGGACCCAAACACAGCAAACUAUAGCCUCACUCUGUCUGAUGACCACAAGAAGGUGACAACGGGAGAAACUCAAAGUUACCCAGAUCUUCCUGAGAGAUUUGCUAAGGUUCCUCAGGUGCUGUGCAGGGAGGGGCUGACUGGCCAUCAUUACUGGGAGGUAGAAUGGAGUGACCGUUACAGUGACUGGCUUGGUCUUGGUGCUGCAUAUAAAAGAAUCAGCAGGAAGGGAGAGGAAGCUGUUGCUGCACUUGGAUUUAAUGCCUUUUCCUGGUACUUUGGUCACUGGGCUUUGCCAAACAAUGAAAGUGACUAUAGCACUGCUUUAACUACAUGGUAUGAUAAUAAGCGCAGCACUCCCUCUGCUGUGAGUGCUACUGGGUGGAACCGCGUUGGGGUGUAUCUAGACUGGCAGGCUGGCACUCUGUCUUUCUAUCAGGUGCUUUCAAACAAGCUGACUCACAUUCACACCUUCCGCAACAAAUUCACUGAGCCUGUAUACCCGGCUUUUUGGAUUAGAAAUCCUGACAACUAUAUGGCCUUGUGUCCAGUAGAUUAA